GGUGUGUUGGAAGGAAUGACCUCAAUGAAACAUGUUGGAGUAGAAAGCUAUAAAAUCGGAUGAAAAUAGCGCCAUUUUAGAUCUGAUUUUGGUCAAAUGAACUCAUUGCCUCCAAGAAAAGGUAGAAAACAUGAGUUCUACAAGGGAUCUUAAUAUUGCGUUCUCUGGAUGCGGUUUUUUAGGCAUUUACCAUCUUGGUGUCGUAUCUGGUCUGAAAGACAACGCGCCGGCUUUUCUUGAGCGAGUGAAAUGUUUUGGUGGUGCAAGUGCUGGUGCUUUUGCCGCUACGGCAUUACUGAUGGACCUAAACUUGUCAGGAAGUGCUGAAUUUGUCCUUCGUCUUGCUAAGAGAGCAAAUUCUUUGACAUUAGGACCACUCCAUCCACAGUUUCGUAUCGUAGACACUGUACGCAAGUCGUUUCAGAAGAUCUUGCCUGAAAAUGCUCAUGAGAUUGCCAGUGGACGGCUACACAUUUCUCUUACGAGAAUAUCUGACUUUAAGAACAUUAUCGUCUCUGAAUUUUCCUCAAAACAAGACUUGAUCGAUGCUUUACUAGCUACUUCUCAUGUGCCAUUUUACUCAAGCAUACUUCCUGCCAAGUUUAGAGGAGUGUAUUAUGUAGAUGGUGGUCUAACAGACAAUAUGCCUCAACACUUUGAGGGAGAAACAAUCACAGUKUCACCUUUCAGUGGAGAAAGUGAUAUCUGCCCUAAAGAUGGCUCUCCAAACCUGGCUUAUAUUGACCUUAGCAAUACAAGUGUCCAGUUCACACURCAAAAUCUUUAUAGAUGUUCCAGGGCUUUUUUUCCCCCUGAGAUUGAUGACCUGAUGGAGAUGUGUAAACAAGGCUACAGGGAUGCCUUGAGAUUCUUACAAACACAUUACCCUGAGACAUUAUCACCAGAAGUGCAAAGAAGGAAGCCAUCGUCAGUGUUCUCACCUUAUAAUCAAGUCAGCAAUUCAACCAAUCACAAGCCACAUUUUUCUAGGAUGAGCAGCAUUAGCUCUGAAUCAGUCUACAGCACAUGCAGCAAUACAGAUGGUGAUAUCUUCUUCAGUGAACAAGAUGAACAGGUAGAUGACGGUGAGGAAACUGAUGGAGAGUCAAAGCUUAGUUUGAUGUUGGAAGAGGCCACUCAAUCAAUCUCAGAAAAAGAACUCUGGUCUUGUUAUCUUCUACGUAAAGCUAUGUGGAUUUUCAAAAUGGCAGCUAAACCAUGUGUAUUGUCAGCAAAACAGAUAACUAACAUGGCACACAUGGUUAUAGAUUACAUGCCAGUCAUAGAAAAGACUGGAAUACAGUUUAUGGAUCAAUUUCUGGACAUGAUCUAUGUGAUGGUACAUACAUACAAGAACAAGCACCAAGUACAUCAUAAAAGAAAACAGGGAGUAGUUGCAUGUUAUCAAAGACCAUUAACCAAAACACAGGCAGUAUUACAUGAAGCUUCCUUUGAACUGGUCCAAAAGUGGAGACAAGAGUCAUCUAAAAACAGGCUGUUCAGGAACAAUUCACCCUCAACAACUUCAUCCUGUCAAUCAUCUGAUUCUGCAGUAGAUAGCAGUGAUGACAUUGAAAUCAUUCAUGAUGAGAGCUUCAUGAGCCAUGGGUCAGGGGGGUACGACAUGUGUGACAGYAUCUCAUUCCAUCCAAAGGUAUCAGAAGAACAGYUGGAGUUGACAUUAGGCGUAUGGGAGUCAGAGGGUGGUGCCUGCUAUUCUAACAGUCCURUAUACAAGUCAGAGGGGUCAUUGGAUGACUAUGUUGUUCUUGAUGGGUAUGAGACAGAUGUAGAGUCAAUGAUGAGUAGUGAYGCUGGCGAUGAGAUGGUAACAUUCCUGGAAACCAAUGUGUAGCAAGUAAUAUACUUCAUUAUCAGAACAUAUGUCACACAUAAGCUAUGAUAAAAAUUACUUAAUAUUUGGGAAAAAGAAUCACAACUGACACUGUUACAUUGUAGAUAUKGGUUAGUUAUGAAGAAAUCUUUUAUGACUUUAAACUAAAAUCAGUACAGUAGAGUAGACCGUGUAUAUAAUAUAUGUUGGAAGCAUAUGUAAAACAAACUACUUUUAGUGGAAUCAAUGCUAACAGUUAAUUCAAACUUUAUUAUAGUAAAUGAAAGAGUUUAGUACAAACUACAAAAGUGCAACUAUCUCAUGACACUGACUGACAAGCAUCGCAGACACCCAUUAUUAUUUAAGUCCAUGACUAAAUGUAUUAUAUAGUGACUUAUGAUACAAUGGCUGGUACAUUGUUCUUUUCAUACAACAAUAAUAUACUUGAAUAUUGACUUUGACAGYAUAAGAUUGUACAUAUUAUAACAUAUUGGAUUAUCAAGAGCAAUUACUUAAUUCAAUUAUUUUAAUAUAAAAAUUAAUGCUAUUGAUAAYAGUUGAUGCCAUUAUCUACCAUUUUGAAGUUUAAAAUUCUUGUUGAAAUUGAAAUUGAAACUCUUGAAAUACAGUAUUAAAAUUCAGACAGAAAUUUUUUAUAUAUUUUAAAAAUAUUGUACCAAAAGUAAAAUUAUAGAAAUUAUCAAUUUGAGGACAAAUGCCUCUCACUAAAGAGUACUAAAUGAGCAARAAACAAUUUUUCUAAAAUCACUGACAAUGUUAUUUGCAACAGUUUGAAUUCAAAGACUAUUUGUUAUAUAAUAUUGUGUACAAUGUACUAUUUCAAAUCAAAAUACCACUGAAAUAGAUUGUGGGUAUUACACACGGAAAAACCAUUAAAUACAUGUGACAUAGUUUAAGUAUUAUAUCCCAACUAUUGAUGUUUUUCACACGUUAAUGUUAAAGUUCAGAUAUAUUCUGUAUGAUAUUAUUUAAUAUUUCUGGGUUUUACCAGUUGUACAUA